UGCCCGACUUUUUUGGUUCCCUCUUCUGUUUUUUUUCCAACUUCUCAUCCGCUCCUUUGCUCCUCAACGAGUCCGAUUCUUCACCGCGCGCUGCGUCCCUAUAUCUUGACAGCCCUGACGAUAGCUUCAACAGCGCCAAGCUACCCCUGCCCCUUUCGCAACCAGUCUCACCACUAUCCGUAUCUCGACAAAGGUGGUCGUCAGCGGACGAUAAGCCACAACCGUUAUCGCGACUCCCUCCAAACCAUCUCCGCGCAGUCUUCAGCUUCAGGCAUCAUGAGCCCGCGAACCCGACGACAGGCCGCCAAGGCUGGCAGCUCUUCUUCUUCUGACUCGGAACGCGAUGUCAAGGCCAACGGCUCUAGCAACACCAACGGCAACGGCGCUGCCCACGGCGCUCCGGAUGCUUCGGACAGUGCCCCUCGCGAGAACAUCUUCCUCUUCUGGCCCAACCUCAUUGGCUACGCGCGAAUCGUCCUCGCUAUCGCAUCCCUCUACUACAUGCCCCUCCAUCCUCGCACGUGCUCGUUCCUCUACAGUGUCUCGUGUCUCCUCGACGCCCUCGAUGGCUACGUCGCGCGCAUCUACGAACAGUCGACUCGCUUCGGCGCCGUCCUCGACAUGGUGACGGAUCGCUGCACCACGGCCUGUCUCAUUGUCUUCCUGUCCUCCGCCUUCCCUCGAUGGGCCAUCGUCUUCCAGGGUCUGAUUGCCCUUGAUCUCGCCAGCCACUACAUGCACAUGUAUGCCACCCUUGUUGUCUCGGGCACCGAUUCGAGCCAUAAGAACAUCGAUGCCAGCCAGAACUGGCUUCUCAGCCUCUACUAUACUAACAAGAACGUCCUCUUUGCCCUUUGCGCCCUCAACGAGCUGUUCUUCAUUGCGCUCUACCUCCUUUGCUUCUCGUCUCCUCUCGUCUCCCCCUACCUGAUCAAGCCUGUCAAGGAGGUCGGCGCCGAGCUCCAGGCCGGUGCCCAGGUCAACACGUCGAUUCUGGAGCAGAUCUUCCCUGAUCCCUUCAGCCCUGCCGCUCUCGAACUGGCCCGAGCCAACAAGAUGGAUUCCACCGUCCCCUGGAUCAUUGCUGGCGUCAGCUUCCCUUUCAUGUUCAUUAAGCAGUUCAUCAAUAUCGUCCAGCUCGUCAAUGCGAGCCAAGGACUGGCCGAGAUCGAUAUCAAGACCCGCAAGGAGAAGGGUCUUCCCCGACCCAAGGCCAAGAAGGCUUAA